UUAGCUGUUGUGUGAUCAUCUGGGGUUCUGGUUCAUUCUUGGCGGCGCCCAGCAUUAGGUUUUUUGUUUUGUUUUUGGGUAGUCUGUGGACAGCAUUUCAAGCUGUCGCGGAUUAAUUACUCUUGCAAGCAUCUGUAGCUGUUGGGCUGAUGGACAAGACGUGAAGUGAAACGGUGACCCGGCCUCUCUCUUUCUGAAAAUGGUAUUGUGGUUAACUUAGCCAGUUAGCUUAUCAGGCUAGGUAGCUGGACUCUUGUUGUCGCUGAGCCAAUUGGCUUCCAUUAGCUAGCUGUGCAGCGUUAGCUAGAUGGUAGGCUGACCAGCAUCACUUUAGUAGCUUGGAUAUUUUAACACCGAGACGAGCAUUCAUUUCGUGGACAAAGCGACCAUUUGGCUAGUUUGACUAUCGCUAGCUCAUUUAAGGCGCUAACAUGCAGCGGUAGUUUGGAUCCAGUCGCCAUAAAGUGCUACCUCGUACCAGUUAGUGGGCAUUGUGCGGUGUAUAUAGCCAUGGCUUGCUAACCAUCCAUCAGGAAAGUUGGUGACUGGUCAUAACGUUGCAGACAGCGUUAAUGCGGGGCUGAAUACACGGCUGCUUUGCAGAGGGAACGCCGUUAUGGUUCACAUCCAGCGUUAGUUUGCUUCAGCACCGUAGUUAACCUGGCCACGGGGCCUUGCAGACUAAUGUUAGGCGUCUAUAUUGUUUUAGCUCGUCGUAGGUGAGCUCAGCUGACUGUUUACUGGUAUUUCGUUAAGAGCAUGUGAAGUUUGCACAGUUUGAAGAUCAAUAAUGUAACAUUACUGAGUUGGUUCGCCAUUUUUAAGUUGAUGAAUCUGUAGAGGAGUGGGGGGGAAGUGUUAUUUAGCGACAUGAACAGCUCAGGAGUCAUGCCACAAGAAAAGAUGGAACUGGAUCUGGAAAUCCCAGGGUCCAUAGCUCAAAGCGAUGGACACCUCAGAAGAUCCAACAGUGCACCUAUGAUAAAUGGUUUGAGUGAUAACUCACAGGUAUUCCAGAAGGAGGUCCUACGAUGCCGGAGAAAUAGCACUACCAUUGUGAACAGGCCUAACAUGGUUCCUUCAUCACCUAUUCGAGUCCCUAGUACUAGACUUCAUCAGAUAAAACAAGAAGAGGGCGUAGAUGUGAUGAACAGAGAAACUGCACAUGAGCGGGAAGUUCAAACUGCCAUGCAGAUGAGCCAUUCUUGGGAAGAAAGCCUUAGUCUGAGUGACAAUGAUUUGGAGAAGUCUGCAUCUUCAUCUCCAAAGCGAAUCGACUUUGUGCCUGUGUCUCCGGCCCCAUCCCCAACCAGAGGAAUAGGAAAAAAGCAGUGUUUCUCUCCUUCACUACAAAUUCUGGUGACCAGCAACGGUCUCACUCCCAGCCCAAUACCCAGCCCAACACGACGAUUCAGUCGGCGGAGUCAAAGCCCGAUCAAUUGCAUCAGAGCCAGCAUACUAGGUCCAAUAAAACGCAAAGGUGAGAUGGAAACGGAGAGUCAACCCAAGAGGCUUUUCCAGGGUACCACCACCAUGCUGUCCUCGGAUGUGUCCAACCUCUCAGAUCUCAGCUCUUGUCACUCUCCAGAUUUACUGGAUGGAAGUCUCAGCAGCGUGGGCUCCUCCACUGACUCGCCAGGCAAAAUGGAGGGAGUGUCUCCUUCCUCGUCCAGCAACUCACCGUUUGCUUCCCUCCAGGAUUUGUCUCCCAAAUGAGCAUGGGAUAACUAAGACUUAAAAAAAAAAAAAAAAAAAAAAAGUGGAAAAAGCCUUUCUCCAGGGAACCCGUUUCCUUU